CUGGUCGGCUCAGCUUGGCCAGAGCUUCCAGUCUGCUGGGUGAGAUCAUUACCAGACACCAGGCUCCGGGACCUGACAUUCACCGAUUGGAAAAGCAAAGAGAGAGAGAGGGAGAGAGAGAGGCACACAGGCUCAGAGAGCGAAAGAAAGCCUUGAUCCAGUGCAGCCGGCGACCUAAAGCGAGCUAACCCGCGGUGUGCAGCCUCGGCUCCCCGGUCCUCCGCUGCACGGACACGGCUCAAAGCGCGCUCUGUUGUCGCAGAAAAUCUUUUCCCCCCUCGCUUGGAUUUUUUGGCUUGUAGUCGGAUGCGGGCUGCUUGUUUUGACUGCAGUAACAGAGCUGCUCCCCCUCCUUCUCCUUCUUCUUCUUCCUCUCCUCCUCCUCCUCCUCCCCUCCUUCCAGCCGAGUAGCGGAUUUGCGAGGGAUCUCAGCGCCGACUCACCAGCGAUCCCGCAAGGCACCGGGACACGCUCUCUGCACCGCUGCGGCUCUCCGGCUGCUCCCGCCUGCAGGAGACCCCGAUCGGUUCUCCUUUCUGGCAGAACCUGGACACGACCGCCAAGUUUCCUGCUGGAUUUUUCUUCUUUUUUUUCUUUUCUUCUUAAUCUCUAUUUUUUUUUUUUUUGCAACCUUGAUUCUCAUCGGAUCGCCCGCAAGUCCUAUCCCCCCCCCACCCCCCUCGCUCCUCUCUUUCCAAAGCGCUGUUGACGCCAUUUUCCCCGGGGUUUUCUGUCAGAGAAAAAUCCAUCCACAUUUACUCCCCGGCACCGUUUGACAGCUCCCCGGGAGGCUGUCAUCCCAUCCGUCGCUUGUGUAAAAAACGUGUCUUGGCUAAAUGGAUUGUAAAUGAUCUUGAUGAAAUAUUCACACGUUAGAGCCGACUGUGUGACAACAUUAGACAUGGAUUGUCCCUGGCUUCGCUGCGUUCCUGUGGGACUACGGACGCAAUCUCAGUAGCUGACUGACAGCACCAAGCAGCCCACCAGACCCCUGCACUGAAUCUUCCCAUUGGCCGACUGCCAGAGCUUCGCCCCCCUCCCCCAUCCUGACUGGCUCUGGCGGGAGCGUGGAUGGAGCCGAGGGAUCUGGUUGGCUCAGCCCGACCCAAAGAGGCGGACCUUCGGGGAGGCAGGGCAGGGCCCGGCGAGGAGCAUCAACUGGCGGCGGGAGGCGCCGGGCCGGUGCACGGCAAUGACGUGAUUAACGGCGCUGCCAGUGAGGGGGAGGGGCUAGAGGAGCAAGGGGAGGGGCUUAUGGAGGAGCAGGAGUUCUCCAUCAAGGAAGCGAGUUUCCAGGAGGGAAGUCUCAAGUUGAAGAUCCAGACCACCAAACGCACCAAGAAGCCACCCAAGAGCCUCGAGAACUAUAUUUGCCCGCCAGAGAUCAGGAUGACCAUCCGACCUCCGGCUGGAGAGGGCAAAGGGGGGCGACAAGGGCGGACAGGAGGCGGGGCAGGAGCAGGGCGGGGCCCCAAGGACGAAGAGCGAGGUCCCCCGAGAAAAAGGACUUACGAGCGCCAGUUCAGAAUGCCUGAGCAGAGAGAGGGGGGUCUUCUGCAGCUACUGGGUGAUCCCGCUCCACCCAAACACCAGCCGCGCGGCGCCCUUCUCUCCAGCGCCCAGCAAACGCAGCAUGGCCUCAGUCAGAAGUUCCAGCACAGUCACAUGCAGCAGCACCAAAUCGGUCCCGAUUGGAUCACGUCUGCGGCAGCUUUUUCCUUGCCGGGGCAACCGGCCGGCGUCGAGUCAUCCGGAGACUUGGCGGGAGGGAGCAGAGGCUCUUCGCUCGACACGACGCAGCCUUACUCCCGGGUGGCGACCUCAAGCCCGUCUCCUCAGAGAUCAAUGACUCCGGACCUGCAGCUGCCGGUGGUCACAGACGCCAGCAUUCUCAACCUCACCUCACUGAGCAGGGGAAAGGGUUUGCAGGAGGUCAGUGAACAGCUCUUUGGAAACAUCAAGAGGAAGUAUGGAAGGAAAGACUCUCAGAGGAUGUUCACAAACCCCCAGUGCGCUGAUGCACCUUGGGGAAGGCAGUCGGAGAGAGAGUCGGAGAGCCCCGCUAACUCUGAAGAGAGGCAGAGAUACAGGCAAGAGGGGACGGCUGAGCAGUUCCAGGAAGCAAGGGAGGAACGAAGGAAAGACGAGCGAGACCAAGCAAACACCGGGAGGAGAGGCAAUGAAGAAGAGAGAGGAAUGCCUGUGCAGGCGGAGGACGGGAAAGGAAGAAAAAGGCGGAGGAGGUCUUCAUUUGAUGAGUCGUUUUCCAUGGAGGAGCGGUCCCAGCAGCAGACUCUGGAUACUCCAGAGAAGCCCCCGGCCGGACCCCCAGAACCUAAAAUGGCACACAAGAUAGAGGUCCACAAAAAUGAUUCUCGACUUUCAAGUCACAGGGACGGCAGUGCAGAGAGGGUAGAAAAGGCAGACAAAGCUGAUAGGAGGGAUAAAGCAGAGAGGGGAGAAAGAGGAGAGGCGGGCACAUGCGGACCUGACCUGGAAACCGAUCUGAGCUCCAACAGGGUGAAGAAAAACCCGGUGGGCCGACCCAAGAGCCUCACAGAUUCCCUGAAACUCAGAGAGGCAACAUACAAUCAGAUCAACAAACCCAGUCUUGGCAUGAACCCCAGACUCCCCAGCCCCAGCUCUAGAGUUAGCUUGAGUCCAACGUCCAGCCCUAAAUCCAGGAUUAACAUCAGUCCAAGUCCAAGUCCCAGACCGAGGAUGGACCUGAGUCCCAGUCCCAGUACUGGGAGCAGCCCUGCAGCCAAUUCCAGGCCAACCAAGGCCAACGAAAGGUGGUCCUACCUGAAAGCUAAAAGUCAUACGACUCUCACCUCCCCUCAGAGAGACAGCAUGGGCAGCCCCUCCGCUCUGUCAGAUCCGCCCUCUGCCUUCCCAAUCACCCCCUCCAGUCCUCUCUACACCAACACCGAUAGCCUGACCGUCCACGCCCCCAUCAAGAGAAAGCGUGGACGUCCCAAGAAGCAGCCGCUCCUGACCGUCGAGACGAUUCAUGAGGGCACGUCCACCUCACCUCCGAGCCCGCUGGCGAAGGAGUCCAACCCGGGGAUAAGUCGCAGGAGAAAGAUGCACACGCUGAACCCGCUGGUGCACGCGGCAUCCUCGUCUCCCAGCGACGGUUUCAACAGUCUGAAGAUAAAGCGAGGCAGAGGUCAUCCCAGAGCGGUGAUCAAGACCAAGCUUGGGAAAAUGCAAAGCAUCCUGAACGAGAUCCUCUCUGGAUCCAGUCAGAACGGCUCUCUGGCUCUGAAGUCGGCUUCUGCUCCAGUUACCUCAGCCAUGAGCGCCAUGGCGACGACCAUUGAGGCUCGAUUGGGUAAGCAGAUCAAUGUCAGCAAGAGAGGAACCAUCUACAUCGGUAAGAAGCGAGGGCGUAAGCCCAGAGCGGAGACCCAAGGCUCUGUGGCCCUCAAAGCUAGCAGGGACAAGCCUCAGAUGUCUCUGUCCAUGUCCAGUUUUUACGACAGCCCUGCAGUGCCUUCCACCAACUCGUCUCCCAGCUCAUGCGCUCCGUCGCUGAGAGCCAGCAACACAGACGCCACCAUGCCCAGUUUGCAGCCCAUCUCAGCCCUGCCCACCAAACCGUCAGGAAGAGGAUUUCUCUCUGGCGGCUGGAAACUUUCUCCUCCUCGCCUCCUGGCUAACUCACCCUCCCACCUGUCGGAGGGGGCGUCGGUGAAGGAGGUGACCCUGUCCCCCAUCAGCGAGUCCCACAGCGAGGAGACGAUCCCCAGCGACAGCGGGAUCGGGACAGACAACAACAGCACCUCGGAUCAAACCGAAAAGGGUCCCGCCUCUCGUCGCAGGUACUCGUUUGAUCUCUGCGGGUUCGAAUCCCCGGAGGCCGCCGCUCUGGAUACGUCCACCAGGGGGAGCAGACCGCGCUGUGAACGAAAGGUUACUGCCGUGGACAACUAUCUGUCACAGCAGGAGAAGAAGCAGAAACAUCACCGGAGGAAGAGGAAAUGCCUGCAGACUCGGGACCAUCUUCACUUUCUCUCUGAACUGGAAGAGGUUGUGUUAAAGUUCCAGCAGCUGCGGGUUUCUCACAGGCUGUACACCUGCUACCCUCAGCAUCCGUACCCGUCUAUCUUCCGGCUCAACUUUCACCAUUACUACCCGCUCAGCUACGACUCCUACGCUUGCGACUCCGGCUCAUACCUGCGCAGGAGUGCAGACCUGAAGGCCAAACGGAGGCGUGGCCGUCCGGCCAAAGCCAGCGAACCGAUCACAUCCAAGCUGCCGUUUGUCCCCGGAUAUGGCUAUGCGCUAGGAGGGGGGAAUUACUAUGCAGCGCCGUAUGCGAUGCCUUACGCACCUCCUCUGAAUCUAGGCUACUUCCCCCCGACGCCACCGUUUUACCUGCCCCACCACUCGCUCGGGCCUGCACCCCCGUCUCCUUUCAUGAGGCCCGCCGUCCCACCGCCAAAGGCCUUCCUCUCGAGCGGGCACCCCAAACUGCAGGUGGGGGCGAAAAUCCGCAGUGCCAGUGGCCCCCUGCAGGGCCCCACUGUGAGAUCGGAGGCUCUGGGCUCCCUGAGCGGCGGCAGUGCAGGCGGUCUGGCCGGGGUCCGCCUUCAUAAGAGAAAGCACAAACACAAGCACAAGCACAAGGACGAGCCUCUCCUUUCCCCGCGGGACCGCCAGGAGUUGGGCGGACUUUUCAGCGGCGCCAAGACCAACGUGCGGCUCGGCAUGCUGAGCGAGAGGAGGGACUUGGCCGGUCAGGGUUCCUCAAAGCUUCUGGAGAAGCAGAGGGGCAACGUGAGGGGCCCCAACCUGGGGUCCGGCCUGGGGAUUUUCGAGUCGGACCAGCUGUCCGGCCAUGCACUCGCCGACGGCCAGUUCCACUCCCGUCAGACUGCACAGCCUGCUAAGGGCUUCAUGAGCGGCUACGGCAGCCAAUCGCAGCGGUUGGAGGCGGCCUCUGACCUUUUCUCGGGGUUACGGGAGGAUGAGUGUGCCGGGAGGAGCAGAAGGACUAGGCUCGCUGUCUUCGGAGAUCAGGGCUUAAUGUCUUUCCAAACGGCCAGGCAGCAGCCGGAGCAGAUGAACGAGUGCUCUAGUCCAGCUCUCACUGGUGUCCCCGCUAAGAGGAGGUAUAAACGCCGUGAGGUGGAACAGAUCCAGAAGGACGUCAGGAGGAUGCAUUCUUUGAACUUUGAUCACGUGCAGAAGAUCCUGCGUGCCAAGCGUCUGCAGCGACAAGCCAAAACAGGAAAUAAUGUCAUCAAGCGGCGGCCCGGGCGGCCCCGAAAGCAGCCCCUGGAGGAGUCACAGCCGGCCAGCAUGAGGGAGGAAGUCUGGGCCAACGCUCGAGGUCUGGACGUUCCAGUCAGCAGGAAAGGUGACGGCAGGACUUUGGGGAUGCCCGUCCUGGAGAGGUGCGACAACCUGCCGGGUCGGCACAGCCUCAGGCCGAGUCUGGCCCUGGAGUCUCACGAGCUCCCCGCUCACGACUCCAUCGCAGCGACUAUUGAGACUGUGGUGCAUCAGGCGCGAUGCGUCCCUCCUCCUGAGAAUAAGGAGGGCAAACGCAGAGGCAGGGGCCACAGCAGGGACCAACUGUGGGCCCCUGGCAGUCAGUAGAUGCCCUGAACUGACGGUAGAGCAGCUACCAGAAUCAGAGCUGCUUGAGGCCUAACAGAUGCAGUGCCCUUAAAGCGGGAACCCUUUGAUGCACUUUGACUUGUAUCUCCUCCUCCGGUCGGUGGAGAGGAGCCCAGGCGGCGGAGCGGUAACGGAGGAGCGACAGCCUCCCUCCGUCUGCAGAAACCCCGACCAGACAACGGGCUUCUCAAACAUCCUCCGGACCUGUUUUCACAUCGGCACUCUACGGUACUCUGCGAUACUGAAUCUGAUGCUAUAAAAGUGUGUGGUACUUAUGAUAGAGUAGGAUUUCAUGUGAUUCUUUAUGUAUCUGAUACAGUGACGUGUAUGGUACUUUACGAUACAGUAUCUGAAUGUGGCUUUAGCCAUAUAUUUACCAGCAAAGGGGAAGUGGGUGGGGGUGGUUCAUAUAAAACUGUGCAGCUCUGCUUAUUUUUUGCCUUUUUGUGGAAGCUUGUGAGACAUGCAGGAUAACACAUCAGUAAUUAACCCUCCCUAACAUGUCUGGGAUAUCCCCCCCUACCCCCCUUAUCAUUUUCUAAGGUUUCUCGCCCACUUUUCGAAGAAAUUCACACUUCCUGGCAGCUCAUCUUCCCCGUUUAACCCCCAAUUCUCCUCAGAUUUGCUCCUACUGAUGUUUUCAAUCUGCAGUCCUUGAGCUUCCUUGUUUUCAGUUUGUCUGUCGUGUAUUUCUCCCGUCUCGCUCAGGCCUCUCCUGGCCAGGGAAUCAAAAGGCAAUACGGUGGCUAAAACUUGUCCCCCGACUGUACAUAGAACUAAAAAAGUCCACUGUUGCCUGCCUUGUACAAUGGGAAAAAAACCAGCUCAUAGAUGUGUACUGGCUUCCAGUAUAAUAAAUAGAAUUGUAGAUAAUGAAAGUGUGUAUUGUUUUAUAACCAAAAACAGACAUGGGUGUGACUCAAGACAAGUAUGUUUUCAGACAGAAGAAUACCACGUAUAUUCAUUCAUACGCUCAUUAUUGUGUUUGUAUCCAGGGGUCGGGGCGGGGAGGGAAUGUUUUGGGUAAAAAGAGGAAUGUCGGAUGUGUUUUUUGCUGAACUUUUAGAGUUUGUUAAAUGCACUAUGAAGAACCGUUCACUUGCAUCAAUCAAAAUGCAGCACUUACAUGCUUGUUCUAGCCUUAUGUGUUCUUUGCAUCCGCUGGGUUGGGCGUCCGGUCCAGAGAGCAUGCGUUAUUUUUUUAAUCAAUUUAUAUAUGCAGGCCACGCAGCCAAAAAGGAUUUAAAAAACAAAAAACAACACAAAACAAAUGAAGCCUGAGUGUAAGUCAUAAUUGGACAGUUCAAUUAACAGCCCCAUCCUCCCCUUUUAUGUUUCUACUUAAGCUGGUUUCAGUGAAGCAAAUCCAGUGUUUCGACUUUGAAACCAAAGUCUUAGAACUCCGUAAGGAUGUAGUAUUUGAAAGUAUUAACGUUUGGCAAACUCUCCACCGCAUUGGCAGCAAUGUAAAGCAUUCCUAUGUGCACUGUAGAAUGUAGCCAUGUUGGAUCUCGGUGUCAAUGAGCCUUUUGUUUCACUCCUUUUUCUUCUUCUUUUUUUAUUUUAUCAGUAUAUGGGACUUUGGAUCACGGUUGGAUUUUUCUCAGUCAUAAACAAUAGUUCAGUGUUUCUUUGGGAACGUUUUCAGACCGGUGGAUUUGUUUUUUUGGUUGUUUUUUUUUUGGGGGGGGUCAGGUGAUAUUCUCAGUUGCAGCAGCUCAACUUGUGCCUUAUGUUUCUUUUCUAUCACGGAUUGCAUUUGACUGAAGAAACAGAAAGUGGCAAGGAGUGCCCUCCCGAGAGUGACCCAAGCAUGUUCACGAUUGUGCAUAUCGACCCUCGUGUCUUAUGUCAUCAGAUCCCUGACGCUGCCUGUGUCCCCUCACGUCUCGCCGUCUCUCGGCGUCCUUCUCGUUUUCUGAUCGUUUCAUCCUGACAGAGCUGGAAGGGUAGGACUCGCUGUGUUUAAUGCGCAUCAUGUUCUGACCUAGAAACCGCCGUGCAGCGGUGGCAGAAGAAGAAGAAAAAAAAAACCAACCACUGAGUCAGAUCUGCUUCUGACCGGAGAUAUCGAUUCUUCUCGCUGUCUUUGAUGUGGAAUUGAACAUCACUCGCUCCUAACGAGUGAGUUAUCUGACAAAUAGAGGAACAGAAGCAGCUGUCAGGAGAAAAUAAUAAUAAAAAAAAACACACAUUUGCGUAUAUUGUUUGCUAUGCAUCUGGCCAUUUCCCCUUUCAGUGACCUUAAACGAAAUCCGUGCUCCGGGUCCACUUUGCGACAAAGAGAAACAAGUGGUCUUAUUUGCUGAAUAAAGUGAGCUCAUGUAAGGAGAAUUGUGAAUAAUACCAGUAAUAAUUUGUAAUAAUGACAAAGUUGUGCAGAAAGUGACUAUCAUUUCAAGAAAAUUAUACUUACUGCCUCUCUAUGCAGUACAGCCUUAAACAGACGUAAAACUACAGUAUUGACGUGUUUGUUGUAAAUAGUGUUUUUGUGUCCAUCGCGCAUGAAUACCUAACCAGAGACCGCCCCCAUCAACCCGCCAGAGCGCCACCUGUCUCCACCAACACACAAAUAAAGUACCUUGGUAUCAGGCAUGGGUCGGUUUCUGAGCUUCUAAGAAAUGACAGCUUUAAAAAGAAUAGCUGAAGGUUUUCCCUCGUCCAGAUUGUUCAAUUGACAGAAGACGGUUUCGUCACUUUUGCUCACAAGAAAAGUAAAACCAGCACUUUCUUUCCAGGUGUGAAAAGCAAAUGGCCAUGAAGUGGAAAGGAGCACGACCCAGCACUCUUGUUAAUAUGAUGAUAUUUUUAAACCACAGUGGGCAAGCUACAAUAAUCCCUUCAAACCGCUUGUUUUUAGUCUAAGCUAUGUAUCAAAUUGAAAAUCAUAACUAUUUGCUAUAAAAUCCAAUAUUAAUGUUAUUUCAAAUGUAGUAAUAUAUUAUUUUAACUGCUUCUCUGUUCCGAUUUAAAGCAAUUAGGCCAGGCUGUGGUGUUAUAAUUUAAAUUUUUUGUUAUUAACCUGACAUUUUUGCUGAAGGUCAUCGUGUCAUCAGAAUCUCGUACCGACCCAUGCCUAUUUGGUACGGUCAUUAUCCCAGCUCAUUAAUUUACAAAGAAUGCUAAAAUAAUCUUCCUUACUUCCUUGUGAAAGCUCUCAGAGGCCCGACUGCAGUACACUGGACCAAAAAUAGGGAUCUCUGUUGACUUUUGGCUUCCGCCUGCAGCUUGAAGGUGCGUUGCUGUAGCGCGAAGAAAGCUUGUGUGUGUUGGGGGAGCUCUCAAAGGGAAAACACCAAAAAUACUCUCAACCUAAUGUUAGCGUGCUUAGCCUUGCCUUGGUAGAGGACUUUGUGUGGGUCUUUGGUGGAGGUUAGCUGUGUAUCGACUCCUCCGUGCUGCGGUGGGGCGGUGGUCUCUGACGGUGGCGCUAAAGGCCCCGGGUAAUGUCUGCGCUGUCCUGUCUGUUUCGUCUCUUCCUCCACCAGCCGAUGCUCCGGUGCCUUUUAACACUGACAAGUAUUGUCCUAGUCCAGAGCUUUCAGUCGACUCGGAGACUUCAGAGGAGAUGUAGUUGUGAGUGGGGAUUCAUGCUGUCCUGUUAGCAGCCCGUCUGGCUCAGCUGGUCAAACGUUUUACGUUUUGCCGCUUCAUAACCGCAAACUUCAGUGGAUGUUGUUUCAGGCUGAUAUUGGUGAGAUAAAAGGAAAACGAUACAUGGUUUUCUUUUUACAAAAAAAAAACAAAACUGGACAUUGUGGCUGUCAUUUGCAUUCAGCCCCUGUUAGGCAAUAUUUUGAAGAGUCGCCUUGUGCUGCAGGUCUAUGUAGCUCAGCUCAUUUAUAGGUCUGGACUUUGACCUGGCCACUCUACUACAAGAAUAUGCUUGGAUCUACUUUUCACUCUGUUUUUUAGUCUUUGUCCUGCUGGAAUUGAACUCUUGCCAUGUUUCCCGUCCCUACUGAAGUAAAACUUCCCCACAUCAUGAUGCUGCCACAACCAUAUCUCACCGUUAUGAAAACAUGAUUUAUGAUAUUCCCGUUGAUAAACGCUUCUUUGUUAACUGUGUAUUCCUGCAAGUGUUGCCAAAGUACCCUCAGCUGCUCCCCUGUUAAUGCUCCCCUUGGCAGCCUGUCGGUUUAGAUAGACGGUCAUGUCUUGGUAGGUUUUAGUCUUUUCAUUUCCAUAUGAUGAAUUAAGUGGAAUUGGUCUUCAUGACGUUUGUUCACCAAUGUUUUCUAACAAACAUCUGAGGCCUGUACAGAAAGUUUGGCUUCAUACUGACAAUAAGUGAAAUCCUUUUGCUCAGCAGUUUGCUUCUAAUGGCCGCUGGGGUCAUCCAAUUUUAUUUAAGGGUAUCAAACUUGAGGCGUGCUGCACUUUCAGUGUUUUUAUGUGGAAACUAUUUUGAAAACCAUGUAUCAUUUUCCUUUUGCUUCACGAAUAAGAGCUGCUUUGCGUUGCUCUGUCGCAUAAAAUCCCCACAAAAUUGCAGUUUUAACAGGAUAGAAUGUGAAAGGGUAUAAAUAGUUUUGUAAGGCACUGAAAUCAAGCUUGUAAGCAGCGUUUGAGCUUACAGUAAUAUUGCAUUAAAUAUACAAUUAGUCCACAGGGACACCAUGUGGGACGAGACAAACUGGCAACUACGUUCUGGUCUUAUUCCCCUGAUCGCAUGCAGUGAUGGGAGUCUGACACCUGGAGUGAGGGAGGGUAGGGAGGGCGGGGGGUCAUAUCAUGGAGUCAUAAAAGUUGUCAUCCUUCCAGCAUCUGUUUCCCAUUCGAAGCUAUAACGUUGUUCCGAACUGAGAGUGCAGACGAGGCACUGAGAAAACCAAUAAACGUACUUCUGUAGAGCACAAAGUGAGCUCUUCUAACAGCGUGGGCAUAUUUUAAUUUGUAUACAUUGUGUAUUUGAAACCUUUUUCUAGAGUGGCUCUCCUUUAUUUGCAUGCUCAAUUUUGAUUGUAUGCAUAAAUAUUUUAGACAAGUUGAAUUUCAAUUGAAUUUGAACCAAGACUUGUACAUUGUUUGAUAUGUUUCUUUUUGUAAUGGAUUUUUUAAUUCAUGAGGCAUUUUUGUACAUUGUAUGAAUAUUAAAAACUGCAAAUAUUUGACAUAUAGAGUAAAUACUAGAUGCACAUGCAUAUGCAUAUAUUCCUCACAGUAUGUAUGUGUAAGCAUACACAUAUAUUUUGUAUUUGCAUUUGCCAGCAUACAGAUAUAUGUCUUAAGCACAUAUAUACCUGUAUUAUAUAUGUAUAUCCAUGUCUGCUGGCAUGCUUUUGGUCAUGUUUCUCUUCCAUGAUCUUGUAGGUUCUUUUUUUAUUAUUUUAUUUCCUCUUUCCUUAAAAAGAAAUGCUCAUUCUUUGCUACCCUUCUGUUGGCUGGCAGCCUUGAGCACUUAUUAAGAAGAACUACAGUUGAAGUUGUUCAUGUUAUCCAUUGUGUGAAAUAAUAAAUGACUUUAUUGACAGCU